UUUAUCUAAUGUCUAUGGUUUAUUACUUGAGUAAAUAAAGUACUAGUGUUUAUUAGUUCAAUGUUUUUAUACGUAAUGUUUAUUUUUGUAAGUUUGUAGUUCAUUGUGUUAUUUUAAUGUUAUAAGAAACACCUUUUUUGUUGUAAUUCUUAACAGUAUUCGCCUUGAUUAAUUUUAUUGAAAGUGAAAUGAAUGAUAGAUCAGAUGCAUUACAAAAAAUUUGCCGAUUGUGCCUAUCUGAGACUGGUGUUAUAUUACCCAUUUUUGAAAGCUUUGUAAGUGAAGGAUUUCAAGUUCCUUUGACACUAAAAAUUGUGGAAUGUUUAUCUAUUGAAGUAUCUGCUGAAGAUAAGUUACCAACAUUUAUAUGCCACCGUUGUUUAUAUGAAGUUGACAGGUUUCAUGAAUUCAAAGAAAUGUGUGGGAAAGCAAAUAUGACUCUGACUCAUUGUUUUCAGAAGCAAGCAUCAGAAGUUGAAAAGGUGGUGGCUUUCAAACAAGAACUGUUGGAUGAGACUGUUUAUUAUGAUGCAGAUGAUCCAUUAUCUGAUGAAUCUGAGAGGCAGCAGAAUUCAUCACCAGAGUCAUCAGAUUGUGAGCAACCAAACCAGAAGUCAUGUGAAAAACUGCCUUUAGACACUGAAAAGAGUGUAAAUGUUUUAGAAAUUGUGAAGUGCUAUUCUCCACUUGAAGACUGUGUGUCAGUAGAGGAAGCACGCUUUCCUUCUCUGCAGAAAAAAUUUGAAUUGGUAGAGAUGCCUCAACUAGACCCACAAGGUGCCUGUGACAACAGUGACCCAGAACUGGAAGUGGAAACAACGGUGGACAGUAAAAUGGAUGGUGUAUUACAAACAGCUUUAGAUGACACUGAUAAAAACCAGCUCAAAACAAAGUUUUCUUGUAAAUAUUGCCCACGAAAAUUUGUGUACAGAUUAAGCCUUCUUAAACAUGAAGGGGCUCACAGAAAUGAGAAGUUAUCAUUCAGCUGCAAAAUGUGUUCCAGAUUGUUCUCCAGUCACAUCAAAUUUGAAGCGCACAAGAAAGCUCAUGAGAGAAAGACCACGAGUAAGACUAGGAGAGAAAUUCACGAUCACAGGAAAUUAAUUGUUGGUGAUUACAGUUGCAGAUAUUGUCGUAAAGAGUUUAAUCACACCGAAGGUGAAUGCUUUCGUGACACAGGCUGUUGUUCCACGAACCCAAACAAGACCCAACAGUGCCGCUUCUGCAGUAAAUCUUUCCUGCAUCGCGGGAGCGGGUGGCGCCACGAGAAGUUCACAUGCGAAAUGAAUCCCAAAAGAUCUAAGAAAACCAAAAGCAACGAAGACAUGCCGAGCGAGUUGUUUGCCUGCAGGUUUUGUGGCAAAUCGUUCGCCCACCGGGGUAGCUGCUGGCGGCACGAGAAGUCCCACUCCGGGAUCAAGCCGUAUGUGUGCAAGCACUGCCCCAAGUCGUUCGGGGAGAAGGCCCACUUCGACCGGCACGUGCGGAUGCACCUCGGGGUCAAGCCGUUUCACUGCAAGCUCUGCCACAAGGCAUUCGCAGACAUGUCGAACCUGCGCAACCACGAGCGAACGCACGACGGCGCCAAGCCCCACCUGUGCUCGAUCUGCGGGAAGUCGUACGCCGUCAGGGCCAUGCUGCUGAGGCACGAGCUGGUGCACGGCGGAGCUCGGCCUCACGAGUGUGCCACCUGCCGCCGGACGUACGCCUGCCUCGCCGACCUCAGGAAGCACCAGAAGCUGCACGUCAAGGAGCCAGGCUUCCUCUGCUCGGAGUGCGGGAAGUCCUUCUCCCAAAACUGGCAGCUCAAGUCCCACAGCAUCAUACACACCGGUCUCAAGCCCUUCAAGUGCGAGGUGUGCGAGAAGUCCUUCAACAACUACUCAAACUUUCGGGCCCACCAGAGAAUCCACAAGGCGGGCCCGCGGCCGUUCCUCUGCAGCCACUGCGCCCUCGGCUUCUUCACCAAGUCGCAGCUGGCGAUGCACCUGCGCGUGCACACCGGUGAGAGGCCACACCCGUGCAGGCACUGCCCCAAGAGCUUCAGAGUGCGGUCGCGGCUCCUGGCCCACGAGGAAGGCCACCUCCGAACACGGAACACGCAGGCGACCGUGCCUGCUGACCGGCGACCAAACUGAUGUGCCGUUGUCUUUAACUUUUACUCGUUGACAUUUAUUUUCCAAGAGAUUUAUACAUGGGUUACUAUAUAUACAUGAAAUAAUAAUAAUAGUCCUAUUUUUUUAA